UUCCGCCUACUCUAGCCUGGUAUCGAUAGCUUCGAUAGGCACAGGAAAUGUUAUCUUAUUUGGAAGAUUUGAAGGAAAACGAGGAACCGCUGCGGGAUUCAGACUGCUGCGGCAAUGGCUGCACCAAUUGCAUCCUCGACAACAAGCCACGGCCAAGCAAACGCGUCCUGCUGGCGGGCAAGCGUAACGUGAUCCUGGGCUACACAAAGUUCCGCCUGUUGGGGCGGGAAGAGCUGGGGUCCGGACCCAAUGGACAGCUGCUGCUCCUGCACUUUGCUCACGCAGCAGAGGAGGAGGAUGGCGAGAGACCGGGGGACACGGUGCUGGACAUCCCGCCCGGCCACCAUGUGAUGCUGCGCGUCGGCUGCCUGCUGCGUCCGUAUUCGCCGUAUUGGAGCGACUUUGUGGCCAAAGAGUUCCGCAUCCUGGUGAAGCUGCAGCCGGAGGGACCAAUGUCUCGGCACCUGCAAGCUGUACAGCCCGACGAUCUGCUGGAAUUCCGAGGUCCCAUCGGGCAAUACGUACACGAUCCACAGCCGGCCAAGUGCAUCUAUAUUAUCGCCCAGGGAGUUGCUAUUGCACCCACUCUGCCGCUGGUUCGGCAGGUGCUGGACAACGAGGAGGAUAUGAGUCGCCUGUGGCAUUUGGUGUGCGCUCGUGACCUGCAGCAUGUCUACUUUCGCGAGGAGAUGCUUGAGUUCGCCCAGUUCUGGAACUACAGGAGCUGCCUCUACCUGCCGCAUCAGCAGUGUGACUCCUCCGCUUGCCAGGAGGCGGGCCACUGUGCCCAGCAGUGCCCUCAGCUCCGGGACAAUCUACGCUACAAGGAGACGGCAAAGGUGUCCCGAUUAGAUGCCGCCGAACUGGCCACCCACCUCAAUCCCGCGAUUCCCGGACAGCGCGUCCUCAUCGUGGCUGGAGAUUCAAGUUUUCAAAAGAUCAUCGCCCAAAUAGGAACACAAUCAUUGGACGUAGAUCCGGCAAACAUUUAUAUGUUGUAAUUGCCGGGAGAAACUGUAGAUGCUUAUAAAUAUUUGAUAUUGUUUAUGAAUUUGUGAUCGUACAAGUUUUACCGAGAGUUUUAUAUUUUUUAUACCCGCUACUCGUAGAGUAAAAGGGUAAACUAGAUUCGUUGUAAAAUAUGUAACAGGCAAAAGGAAGCGUUUCCGAUCGUAUAAAGUAUAUAUAUUCUUGA